GUCUGGACUUCCGACGCCCUCGUCAGGCUUUUCCUUCGCAAACCUCUUUCUUAAGGCUCGAGCACGCUGAUCCAGGAAACAUGGUGGCUUCGAAGGGAAUGAAUGCUUCAGGCCGUUGUACUUUUGUCAGGUAAACUGUUUAUCAACAAGGUAAGCAAGUGCUAUGACCUUGUAGAGGAGGUUCCCCGCUUCGCAGACUGAGUUGAAAUUGGCCAAGUGCAUGCAAUCCCAAACCCCCUCCUCUCAAGAACCCAUUACGCAUCCAAAGCAACAAUGGCUUCUCUUUGGGUCGCAGACAUUCCUCGCCCAGAUUUGACAAAUUUCGAGAAAAGAGGGCCUUCCAUCACAGAGGUCGAGCAUUUGUCUUCUUACAAUUGGAUUGAAUCCGCCACCCCCACGAUCGCUGUCCCCGGUUGCCCUCCGCUUUGGUGUCCACCUAAUACCCCCAAGAAGGUGCCCAAAGACUCUGGGCUUGUUUAUAUCGCUCAAAACGCGGUUCGUCAUCCUGAAAGUCCGCUAGAGCCACUUUUUCGCUCGUUGUAUCUUGAAAAUCCUUCAUACAACAUCCAGACAGUUGACCUAAUAACCGAUCGAAACAAUGUUCGCAAACUCCUGUCAUUCGUUAAUCCAAGUCUCUCUAAAAAUGGACUUGAACCUUUCACUAUUGAUGUUGAGGUCACGAAGAAUACAGCAAUUUUUUGUCGGGCAGAAACCGAAACCUACACAGUCAUUGGACCACAUGAGUUCAGAGGCUAUGGGCACGAGUUUGAGAAAGCAUUCACUACUAUUCAGGUUCCCCAGAGCACCGGGCAUCAUAGAGUCAUCUCCUACAAGUUCGGCGAUUUGAAAUUCGUCGUGCGCUACGAAACUGACGGCUAUCUGGGCGAACAUUCAGGAGUCCAGACUCAAAAUCUGGAUUCGGACCAUGGGAAAUUACUGAACAUGAUGGAAACCCUGUCUCUUGCGCGAUCCACAAGUCACUCUCGUCGUGCCCCCGACUCCAAACUAGUCAUUAAAGAAGAAGGCAAACAGGUGCCGAUUCAGUCAACUCUUGAAAUCAAAACACGGGCAUCUCGUAAUCCUAUUCGCAUCCACGAAGUCCUUCCGCAGCUGUGGGUAUCGCAAACACCCAAUCUUGUCCGUGCCUACCACAAUGGCGGCUUAUUUGGACCGCCAGAAGUCGAAGAUGUCACUCGUGAGAUUGCCAAAUGGGAAGAAGAUCAUGGCAAUGAUCUUACGGGGUUGGCUAUGCUGAUCAAGAAAAUUAUCAGAGUGGUUAGAGAAAAUGGCGGGAACGCGGUUGUCAAACAUGAUGGUAGAAGCGACAGCCUUGAGGUACGGACGAGAGAAGGAAAAAGGAUGUUACCGGUUGAUCUUUAUUCGAAACUUGGUGAUAAAAUGGAAUCGACCGAAGCGUUCGGAUCAGAUCCUCGAAAAACGACACUUAAAAUCGGUGACGCUGUCUACAAUGUUGACGUUUCGAUGAUACCAUUUUUAUCAUCCUUCAUUAAUUUCCAACGCCUUGCCCAGCCGCAACGGACUGAUUUCGUCCUCGAGGAUAUUCCAUUGUUUGAUAUUGCUCUCAAGGGACUGGAAUCAGGCUAUCGACAAUGUUUUCGCUCUUUGCGAGGUGAUAUUCCUCAGUACCAUACUCUCUGUGAGACAUAUGAUUAUCUCGGGGUCGACGUACUUGGAGGGCAGUCCGUUGAUGAUAUUUUCGCCGAUCUGAAAGCCUGCAAAACCGACUACGAACUCGAGUAUAAGCGUUAUCGAGUCGUGAGGGGUGAUAAAUCCCGAGCACGAGAUGCGGCAUUCCGACUUUUAUUCCUGAUGAUACGCGGCGAAUUUGGUGAUGAAAAGAAAGACCCUGCCAAGGUUUACAACGCUGUGCUAUUUGUUGUCUCACAUUCAGGUACCUUCAAACAUGGCACAAGGACUGCCGUGCGAGCGGCUUUUGAGGAGCGUUUUGUAGUAUCUCCUAAACAACAAAGCCAGUUGGAGCGUUGGAGGAAAAAAAAUGUUCCUAACUUGUCAGAUGACGAAAAUACAACCGAGGAUGAGUUUUCUGAGCCAUACCUUUCGGACGAUUCUUAGGCAGUGCUAUCAUAGUG